UCUUCCUAGGACAAGUUCGGUCGGGACAUCCUCAACACAACUCGUCACAUUCACGUGCGUCUCUCAACCGCUUGCAAACGGAAGGUCCAACACGGCCUCUUCCGCUUCCCUUCUCAUCUCUUCUUUAUAAACCAUCCAAUCCUUGGUUUUGACUCUCGACACAACAUCAAACCUCUGAAGAUAAAGCAUUCAAGAACCAGCCCUUAUCAUCAACAACAACUUCACUACUCAUCUACCAUCAAGAACCAACCAACCGCCAACAUGAGCACCGACUUCGGACGCAAGGAUCUGUCUGACAAGGUCAGCCUCUCGUACAUACACUGCCCACGCACCACGCUAACAUACCUCGAGAUUGAGGAGAAGAUCACUCCUCAGGCUGCCAAGGGCCCUCUCGACACCUCCAAGGAGCAUGUCACUGGCCACGCCGACCACGUCGCCAGAGACCUCAAGACCGACGACCACAAGUCUCUCGGCCAGUCCACCCACGACAAGGCCUCUCGUCUCACCAGCACUUCUGACGACCACAAGUCCGUCGGUGACAAGAUCAAGGAUGCCAUUCCCGGCCUUCACAGCGGCAAGCGUUCCGAUGCUGCUGAGGUCAUCGACCCCAACACUUCCACCACCACUUCCGACGUCAUCAACAAGAACCUUUGAGCAGUUCACAACAAGACUCUGAUGGAGCGGUCCUCUGAUGGAACACUCUCACGAUGCAAUGACCCUUUGAUGGCAUGAUGAUACGUUGGCGGAUACCCCUUUGCUGCUUUUUGCACUGCACCUGAGACAGGAAUGACAUACCUUCGAUACUCACUCUCAUCUUC